UCAAAGCGAGCUUCCUCCUCCUCCUCCUCCUCCGUCCCUCCUCCGCGGCAGAGAAAGAGCCCGGAGCUGCGUGUAAAGGCAGGACGAGCCCCCGGGGACAACCGUACGCAAACACGCGCGCACACGCAUUCUGUGAACCAGCCCUGCGACCCCCCCGGAGACCCCCUCCCCGCGUUGGACUUCUUUUCCGCUCUCGUCGCCUCCCGGAUUUCAUCAUCCGACCUUCGAGAUGGGGAAUGAAGCUAGUUUCCCUCUGGAGAUGUGCUCACAUUUCGAUGCCGACGAGAUCAAGAGGCUGGGGAAGAGGUUCAAGAAGCUGGACCUGGACAACUCGGGCUCGCUCAGCGUGGAGGAGUUCAUGUCGCUGCCCGAGCUGCAGCAGAACCCGCUGGUCCAGAGGGUCAUCGAGAUCUUCGACACGGACGGGAACGGAGAGGUGGACUUUAAAGAGUUCAUCGAAGGCGUCUCUCAGUUCAGCGUCAAAGGGGACAAAGAGCAGAAGCUCCGCUUCGCCUUCCGGAUCUACGACAUGGACAAGGACGGCUACAUCUCCAACGGCGAGCUCUUCCAGGUGCUGAAGAUGAUGGUGGGCAACAACCUGAAGGACACGCAGCUGCAGCAGAUCGUGGACAAGACGAUCAUCAACGCGGACCGGGACGGGGAUGGACGCGUGUCCUUCCACGAGUUCUGCUACGUGGUCGGUGGUCUGGACAUACACAAAAAGAUGGUGGUGGACGUCUAAGCGCCGCCCCCCCCCUGCUUUCUCCACCCUGGACAUCUGCUCCAGAUGUCCUUCAAAGCGCUCUGUGCAGCUGAAGCCUCUUGAUAUUUAUUUUUUGUUCUUGUCUUUUAUAAAGAAUUCAAAAGUAUAUCUAUGGUUUGUCUGAUGGGGGAGGGAGGGGGGGGGGGUGUAACCAACAUAUGAACAGUAGAAGGGUGUGAAGUGCCAACCGGAACAUUUCCAGGUUAUUACCCAUCAUUCAGAACUGUGCUUUAACAUCCGCGUUGAUACACUUGAUAUUUUCAUUCACACUUAGAAACAACUCGUAUCGCUUGAGAUCUUUUAUUUUAUAAAUCAAUUUGUGGCCACGUGUAAUCAAUAUAAUUAAAGUGUGGCUUUAGUG